CUUGAUUCUAUAACUCCCGCGUUCUAUAACCACGUUCGUAACCGCGAGUGUACACGAGUAGUCCCCAACUCAGAAAAGUGGAAUAUACAGUUAAGAAGUAAAAGGAAAUUAUAAAGAGUACGAAGAUCGAAUACAUUUAUCCACCAUUUAGCGGCUUGGUGUAGAUUUUCACCUAAGUUGAUGAUAAUUGCUAUCCUUUGCUUCUUGUUGGUGUUUCUUCAAUAUGUUGAUUUAGGGCGUGACGACUUGGACCGACACAUAUUUGGCCAGGGCAUAAUUUAUAGUACGUAGAUGUGGCCACUUAUUCUUCACUUCAUACGUACCAAUGUUCGGUAUGUGGCGUUGCCAUUUGCUGUCAUUGUUGGUUCCAUUGGAUUUAAAGCAGAAAGUUGGUUUCGUAGUCAAGAAGCGAUAUCUAGUUCAAUGCAUAAUCCUAAACAAACCACCUCGGAAGCCCGCCGAAAACGCCAAUUAACUAAGGAUUUAAAUAUUGCUUUAAAUGAUUUGUCUGUUAACUCUGAGGGUGAACUUCGCUAUCGUAGUGAUCCUAUUUUUAAUAAAAACAAGUGAAUGAGAAACUGUUUCGUUCUUACGUCACCUUUUUUGGAAAACUUCAACAGUAUUCACUUGCCAUAAAUAUGACAUCUUUAUUGUCAUAAUUAUUGUUUUUUCCAUGGUAGAGUGAUCUGUAACGUCUACUCCUUCAUAGACCACAAUAAAAAAAUAAUUCUUUUCGAUCAAUCAAACUAUCACCAAAAUUCAGUAGAUAAAUAAACUUGAUAGUAAACUCCUGUGAUUGUUCCUUAUUGCUGAUCCGUUGAUUUUAUAUCAGAAUACGAAUUUUGAUUGAAGAUUAAUUGAACACAAUUAUAAGAAAAUGUAAUCAAUUAAAUAACCUUAAUUCAAUUUGCAAUUAGUUUGUCCUUAAAAUUAUCAAUUUAAAUGAGUAUGAAUUAAUUCAAAUUCUCAUUGACUAAAUGAAAUUGACUUGUACAUUAAUUGAACUAUGGGCUGUAAUAUUUAUUUUAAUUAUACAAUUGGACGACAUUAUUAUCCUAUUAUAUUGAUAUGACUCAUUACAAUACGACACGCAAUAGUUGUCUGUUUAUUGGUGCAUUCCGCUUAAUGACUAUAGUAUAUUUAAUUAUUGUACUAAUCAAAUUGUUAUUUUUACGUUUAGAAACAGUCAGUCAGUUACGACGUAGGACCAAGCACAUAUAUGCAUCGGUCCAAGUUGCCACACCUUAUUAGCAUAGCAAGAUGAACACCGGAUUCAUAGUAGUUAAGGGUGGUAAUAUGUAAAAAAAAGAUUGCAUGUAAGGAUAUAGUACAGGAGGAAAUAUUUAGU